CGGUCCGGCGCCGACAAUCUUGUUAAAAUGGUUGGCCGUCCGCACAUUUCUUUUGAAAUGCAAUUUGGAUGGCUUACUCCAUAUGAAAGUUUGGAAACCCUACAUGGUGAUGUUUUGUGAUCCCCUGUGUCUUGAAAUUGAAAUAUUGAACACAUAACUAGCCAGUCAUGAUGAUUGAUGGCUCUCUUUUCCGAGUGCGAUAACUUAUCAUAUACCGUAGCCCGUACAAUUGAAUUAUAGUAGCAAAAUCCAUUAUGAAGCUCUCGUAUGGAGAUGCCCAAGUGAGUCGGCGUAACAUUGUUGAACAAUAUAUCCCAUAAGAGUUAGCCAUUCGAGCAACGCACUAAACGUUUCUAGUUAGCCAUUCGAGAUUACAUCCCCGGUUCGAACACAGCCCUACGAACCUCAUCUCGCAUCAACUUACGGACAAAUAAUCCCACCGCGUUGGAACAUUUUGGCACUUCUUAUUGGUUUUAGUUUCUCGUAUUCCUCUUGAAUAGGAAACCUCAUUCGAUUGCUUGUCUUUGUGAGUUGCAUGCUUCGCCCUUUCGACCCACGCUCUACGCAAGCUGUAACGUAUGUAGAUAGGAGAGAAUGCGAACGAUUAGCAGUUAUGGAGAUUCCAAUAUUGUUCAGGGUGCCUCCAAGAUGGAUAAAUAUCAACAAAUUUCAUGCCUCAAUCUCGAGUUGAACAUCAUAAUUUUCUCCUCAAAUACUCAAUCUCUUCAACCGUGAACGAUACCUCAGCCUUUAACUGGCACGGCCCUCGAUCGGCUCCUCUUACAUCUUCUAUAUCACUAUGAUCUCGUUGGCUCGAAAGGCCAUUAAGGCCAACCAGCAGCGCAAACAGGCGCCCAUGGAAUUGCAAGAAACGGGAUCUGACGCUACUAAGCAAGCACCUCAACAACCACAAUGUCGACAUAUGGAAGCGUAUGAGUCUUCGUCUGGGAAAUGUGUUGCAUGUGCAUCAGAAAAGAAGGCCGCAAGGAUAUAUCGAUGGAAGAUUAUCCUCGGCCUAGUGGCACCCUUUGCCCUUCAAGCACUCGACUCGACAAUCAUCGCCAGUGCUCUUCCGUGGAUUGCGUCGGACUUUGGGGAGAUCUCACAGCUCAACUGGAUCGUCUCAGCGUUCAACCUCACAUCUGCAGCAUUCAUCCCUUUCUGGGCUCAAAUGGCUGAUGUAUUUGGCCGCAAUGCUUCUAUCAAUGCUGCCAUUAUUCUCAUGCUCAUUGGUAGUGCGCUGUGUACUGGGGCCCCUACAAAUGCAUUCCCAGUUCUGCUUCUGGGUCGUGGAUUUCAAGGACUCGCUGCGGCUGGCCUCAAUGUCGUUGUUCGCACUAUUCUUGCCGAUAGAGUUUCUUUGCAAGAAAAUGCAAAGAAUUGGGCUAUUUUCUCACUCGUCGGUGGUGUCUCGUAUGGACUUGGCCCAGUCAUCGGUGGAUACCUCACAAAUGCCGACUGGAGAUGGUGCUUUGCCAUCAACCUCCCUAUUGCCGCCGUCGCUCUGAUCAUAGUCUUCUUUGUCCUACGCAAGGAGCUUCUCGGUCCUCAACCCAUCCCUGAGCUCAACGAGACAGCUGAAACUGGCCGACGAACGAAAUUCGUUGCCCGACUCAAGACUGUUGAUGUUGGUGGCCAGCUUCUUUUCAUCCUUGGCUUUGGUCUCGUUAUUCUGGCUUUGACUUGGGGUGGCGCAACAUAUUCUUGGUCAUCACCCGCUGUCAUUGUUCCUCUGGUGCUUGGUAUCAUCUUUGCUGGCGUUUUCUGCUACUGGGAGUAUCUCCUUUCCCCUGGAAAUACCAUGGCCGAGAAGCUACCCUGGCAAAGAGCAAUGCUCCCUUGGGAACUAAUCUCAAAUCGUGAUAUCGGACUUCUCUUUUAUUGCGAGUGUGCCACAGGAAUUGGCAUGUACGCUGUACUCUAUUUCUGUAACAUCUACUUUAUUGCAGUCAGGGGUUACGACUCUGACAAGGCUGGUGUCCAACUUCUCUACUUUGUCCCUGGUCUUGGAGCUGGUGUUUAUAUCUGCUCCUUCAUGUGCAACAAGUGGCCACGCAUGACGUUUCCCUGUAUCUUUCUGGGAACGCUCACCGAAGCUGUCGGUCUGGGCGUUCUUGCAUGGGCUAUCUACGCGAACAGACUGAGCGUUAUCUAUGGAAUGAUGGCCCUUGUUGGCUGCGGUAGUGGUAUGCGUUUCAUGGCUUCGCCACUUCAUGGCAUUGGUCUUUUUCGACACUUGCGCGCCUCCGUCAUUGGACUCAUGGCAGUUGCCAUCCCUUUUGGCGGUACUAUCGGUUUGACUAUCAUGUCUACAGUCUUCAACAACACUUCUGGGCUCGACUCUCAUAGCGACUUCAGCAGCGUACACUCUUCGUCUGGUGGUGCAGCAAAUGAACAGGCUGUUCAUCAAGCCAAGAUGGGUGUUGUCUGGGCGUUUGUCGCCAUUACUCCUCUCGUCGCACUGGCAUUCCCAAUUACUUGGUUCAUUGGAAACGUCAAGCUCGGACAAGGCCCCCCUGGAGAGGAUGGUCCUACGGACAUCGUGGUGAAGGGCUCUUAUCUGCUCAAGCUGGUACGAGGCCAGGAAAAGUUGAAGAUCGAGAAGAAUGCAUAUAGGCUCAACAGCUCACACAGUGGAACAUGGUCAGAGGCUGUAGCUUCUGAUCAGAGCGUCAACGCCUCGAGACCUUUGCAGGGUUCCCCUCAGGUAUAA